AUGUCCAAGCGCAAGAACAAACAACGCGCCAAGCAACGCGCACAAACCCAGGCCAGCGCAGUGAGGAACUUCGGCGCUCCCACGAUCAGGGAGGUCGACCACCCCGACGAGGCGCCGCCGAAGGUGCCCACGGACGCUCCCGCGCUGUUCCUCGAGGUGUUGACGAGCGUCGCGCGGGUGUUCGACUUCCUCCCGACCGCCGCCCGCAGGAGCCUCCUGCGGGCCUCGCCCCCUUCGAUGUGCGCGGUCCUGCGCCACUGCCCCGUGCGCGUCCACAUCCAGAGCAAGGCGCGGCUCCUCCGGCUCCUCGGAAAGUACAUCGAGCCAACGAGCGGCCCGCACAAGGCCAUCCUGUUCUACGACGACCUCCUCCUGACCCCGUACGCCACCCACGCGCGCGCGCUGUACGAGGCCGAUCGCGAGGUGAACUUGCCGCCGGAGAUCGUCGACGACAUCUCGUUCAACUCGUCGCUGAAGCGGGGCCUCGCGGUCCUCGACGCGUCCAAGACGACGGACGCCGGGAUCGUCCCCGUCGCGAUGCUCAAGUUCUGUGCCAAGGGCGACGAAUGCGUGGACUGCGGGCGUGCCGCGCACAUGCACGUCGCCCCAGCGGAGCUCAACGAGAACGCGCGCCUCCUGAAGCGCGUCCUGAAGCACCAGUGCGUCGCGGAGCACGUGCGCGUGCUGCAAGUCUGCCACCACCUGGAGACUCCGGCGAUGCGCGUCCUGGUCGAGAUCCUCGCGGACGCCGCGCCGAACCUGACCAAGGUCGCGAUGCAGCUGUGCGACCUCGGCGACGCCGGCGUCGCCAAGCUGGCUGCGCAGCUCGCGCGCCUGUCCCGCCUGCGUCACGUCGACCUGUCCGGCACCUGUGGCGGGCCGCGCUCCGCUGCAGUCGUCGUCGACGCCCUGCGCAAGAAACGCGCGCUCGAGUCGCUCAGCCUCAACUUCUGCAGGCUCGGCGCCACCGUCGCGCCUCUCGCCAAGCUCGUGUCGUCCGCGACGCACCUCGCCGGCCUGGCGUUGCACGACUGCGGGCUGACCGCGGGCGACGCGAGGACGCUCGUGAACGCGGUGGUCGCCGGCGGGAGCCUGACGCUGCUCGACCUCGGAGCCAACCCGAUCGGCGACGACGCGGCGCGCUACGCGGGGGAGUCUCUCCUGACUCAGCACUCCCCCAUGGAGGAGCUCCGGCUGGCGAACUGCUCGAUUCGCGACGACGGAGCCGCGGCGCUGGCGGGGUGCUUGGCAACGGGGACGCGCCUGCGCAAGCUCGACCUGUCGGACAACUUGUUCGGCGACGCGGGUGCGCAUGCGCUGGCAACGGGCCUGCGCGAGUUGCCGCGGACGCGCGCGAUGGACACGGUGGACGUGUCCGGGAACAGGAUUUCGAUGGCGGCGGCGAUGAAGCUCGGGCAGGCGUGCGGGGCGAACCCGCUGUUGAGGAACAUGGAGCUGGUCAUUGACUGA